UGGAGAAAGUUGCUUCUGCUGGGACAGCCUAGAUUAUUGGAAAUAGAGUGUAUUGCAUAGGAAAUAGGCUAGAAAACAGGGGAAAUCCUUAGUACUUUCUUUUUUUUCCUGAAACAAAACGUUCGAUGAGGCUUGUUGGAUCCCAGUCCCAAGAUAUGGAAGAGCGUCUCUCCCCAUCCGCGCGCUUGGUUCGCAGUCCUGGAUCCCAAACGAGGAUCCACAGCAUUGAAUCCAUUUUGGGAUUUAAAGGAGAGAAUAUCUUCCACACGGCUUUUUCUUAUGGAUCUGGGAAGCCGGUCAAAGACGCUGAGCUUUUGUCUCCCCCCAAAAAGGACUCCAAUAACUCCAAAAACUUUGAAGGUGUCUGUAGAUCCUCCGUCAUGGUCAGUCCGGAUCUGCCGGAUGCGGAUGGUGGUAAAUUAUCGGAUGAUGAAAAUCCUAAGAAAAAGCACCGGCGGAACCGGACCACGUUCACAACCUUUCAGCUGCACGAGCUCGAGAGAGCGUUUGAGAAGUCGCAUUAUCCUGACGUGUACAGCAGAGAGGAGCUCGCGCUCAAGGUCAGCCUGCCAGAAGUUCGAGUGCAGGUGUGGUUCCAAAACCGCCGUGCAAAGUGGCGACGUCAGGAGAAACUGGAGGUGAGCUCCAUCAAGCUGCAGGAGUCCUCCAUGCUGUCCAUCCCAAGAUCGGGGCCGCUGUCUCUGGGUAGCGGUCUGCCGUUAGAGCCCUGGCUUACUGGACCGAUCACCUCCUCCAGCUCUCCCCUGCAGUCCCUGCCCAGCUUCAUCACCCCUCAGCAGGGAGUACCAGCCAGCUACACCCCUCCACAGUUUCUCAGUUCAACUACACUCAACCACCCUCUGCCCCAUAUAGGGGCGGUGUGCCCCCCUCCACCAACGUAUCAGUGCUCAGGCUUUAUGGAUAAAUUUUCACUAGAAGAGGCAGACCCACGAAACACAAGUAUCGCCUCGCUAAGAAUGAAAGCAAAGGAACACAUCCAGUCUAUAGGGAAG